CCCUAAGCUGCUAGACCAAACACCCCUCUGUAAAAAUUGUGAUCCUGUUCGGGUCGGGCUAUUCUAAAUUACGAAACUGGCCAAAUCUCAAACGGUUUCCCGGAGAGUCUCGCCGUCGCAUCACAAUCCACCGCCGCUUCCGUCUGCCACCGUUACUUUCUCAGAAGUAAGUGGAAUGUUCUACUUCUGGAGGAAAGUAAAAUUUGAGUUCCUUAUUGAUGGCUCUCAGAAUUUGCUUCACUAGAGUUACUUUGUGGAGUUGGAUGUAAUUUUAAUUAUAAACAACAUUUUUCAAGUUCGAAAAAAGGAAUCUACAGAAAAUCGGUCCAGUUUUAGUGGGUUUGUAGUUGCCAAAAUGAGUUCACCACGGCGAAUGCCGGCACGUGCUCACGUAAGAUCAUCAUCAGAGAUUAAUCGACCAGAUAUUCAUUCCGGAAGUUUAGAGUCAUCUCUACUCCGGCUUGUCAAUGAUCAUCAGAAUACCUCUGUCCGACUCCGAGAACAGACAGAGAAAUCAAAGAAAGAGGCGAUCAAGAGUGCUUCUCGUGUGUCUGAUCUGUUAGUGGAUGCUGUUAAUGGAGGGGUAGAAGAGUGUUUCGUGAACGAGAAGCGAAUAGAAGUUGAAAUCCGAGCGUUGAAGGCUACUAUUACACGAUUUGGGAAGCAGACUGAUCAAUGGCUUGCUUCAACUCAUGCUAUUAACAAUGCUAUCAAGGAAAUAGGAGAUUUUGAGAAUUGGAUGAAGACUAUGGAAUUAGAUUGUAAAAGCAUCACUGCAGCCAUCUCCAACAUUCACCAGUCAUGAUAGCAUGACCAACUCAACUCGUGACACGAGUGACCGAAUUGCUUGCAAGUGGAUAACUUAGGUGCAGUUCUAUUUACUAUGAUUUUUUCUCUAUUAUGGUUAUAUUCUGCUUUAUUCUUUCAUAUGAUGGUAGGAAUUCAAAUGUGAAUAAUUUGAAUGAAUGAAAUGAUAUAUUUAAGCCAUAAUCUGUUUCAUAGUAUAGUUCGAGCUGUUCUUACAAAGAUUAUAUGAUGCGCCAUAUAUCAUCGCAUUUUGUAAA